CCUCGCCCGUCGAGCUUCCUCGCCUACCCACCGCCGUUGCAUGCUUGGUUUACGGCCACGUCUCCGACCCCGACCUUCACUGCUAGAUCUUGUGCGCAAGACGAACUCUCAAGAACAGCUGCCACUCCGCCCCAGCACCUCCCACGAGACAGGCACCCACCCCAAGCUCGUUCCGCUUCCCACGAGCCCGGUGCUCCUGCCGCAGGACAACGAAGCCGACGACGUCGAGACCCCACCACCGCAUUCGCCUGUCGACGUAGCGAAGGCAGACGAUCGGACCCACAAGAUGCCUCCCAAACAGCAGAAGAAGACCGACGAUGACGAGCAGGCGGGAACCGUCUACUCCAUCUCUGGACCCGUCAUCGUGGCCGCGAACAUGAUUGGAUGUGCUAUGUACGAGCUCGUCCGCGUAGGUCACGACAGCCUCGUUGGUGAGGUCAUUCGGAUCGAGGCCGACAAAGCCACCGUUCAGGUCUACGAGGAGACUGCUGGUGUAACGGUCGGCGACCCCGUCGUGAGGACCGGCAAGCCCCUCUCCGUCGAGCUCGGCCCGGGCCUCAUGGAGACCAUCUACGACGGUAUCCAGCGUCCGCUCAAGAGCAUUGCCGAUGCCGCGAACAGCAUCUACAUUCCCCGUGGUAUCGACAUCCCCGCUCUCGACCGCACCAAGAAGUGGGACUUCACUCCCGGCAAAUACAAAGUCGGCGACCACAUCACCGGUGGUGAUGUUUUUGGUACAGUUGUUGAGAACAGCUUGCUCAACGACCACAAGAUUAUGCUGCCUCCCCGCGCCAAGGGAACCAUUACCCGUCUCUCAGACAAGGGCAGCUACACCGUGGACGAGAAGAUCCUCGAGCUUGAAUUUAACGGCGUCAAGACCGAAUACAGCAUGAUGCACCAGUGGCCCGUCCGUGUGCCGCGCCCCAGUUCCGAAAAGCUUUCGUCCGACCAGCCUCUCAUUGUCGGCCAGCGUGUGCUCGACGCCCUAUUCCCCAGUGUCCAGGGUGGUACUGUGUGCAUUCCCGGUGCUUUCGGAUGUGGCAAGACUGUCAUUAGUCAAUCUCUAUCCAAGUUCUCCAACUCCGACAUCAUUGUCUACGUUGGUUGCGGAGAGCGCGGAAACGAGAUGGCUGAGGUGCUGAUGGAUUUUCCUGAGCUAACCAUCGAGGUCAACGGCAAGAAAGAGCCUAUCAUGAAGCGUACUACCCUCAUCGCCAACACUUCCAAUAUGCCUGUGGCCGCUCGUGAAGCGUCCAUCUACACUGGUAUUACUGUCGCCGAAUACUUCAGAGACCAAGGAAAGGACGUUGCUAUGAUGGCUGACUCAUCUUCGCGAUGGGCUGAGGCUCUUCGUGAAAUUUCGGGCCGUCUCGGAGAAAUGCCUGCUGACCAAGGUUUCCCUGCCUACUUGGGUGCCAAGCUGGCUUCUUUCUACGAGCGUGCUGGUCGCGUCACUUCGCUCGGUAGCCCUGAGCGCCACGGCAGUGUCAGUAUCGUCGGUGCCGUCAGCCCUCCGGGUGGCGAUUUCUCGGAUCCCGUCACUACGAGUACGCUCAAUAUUGUACAAGUCUUCUGGGGUCUCGACAAGAAGCUCGCUCAGAGAAAACAUUUCCCCUCGGUCAACACUGGUCUCAGUUACAGCAAGUACACGACGCCGCUCGACAAAUACUACGCGAAGAACAACCCAGACUUCCCGCGUCUGCGCGACCGCAUCAAGGAGCUUUUGACGACCUCGGAGGAUCUCGACCAGGUCGUGCAACUUGUUGGUAAAUCUGCGCUGGGUGACGGAGACAAGAUCACUCUGGACGUUGCGACAUUGCUCAAGGAAGACUUCCUCCAGCAGAACGGAUACUCGGACUACGACCAGUUCUGCCCGCUGUGGAAGACUGAAUGGAUGAUGAAGAACAUGAUGGCAUUCCACGACGAGGCACAGAAGGCGGUUUCACAGGGCCAUGCUUGGGCCAAGAUCCGCGAGAGCACAUCAGACGUGCAGAGCGAGCUGCGCAGCAUGAAGUUCGAGGUGCCCAGCGAAGGCGAGGAGAAGAUCACGAAGAAGUACGAGGAUCUGCUGCAGCGGAUGACGGAGAAGUUCGCGUCGGUUGCAGAUGAGUAAGGGUUUGUGUAUUGCAUAGCGUAUUUUCUGGAACGGUGGAUAUAGAUUGAGCUCUGUACAUGAACAAAUGUUGAUGCCUAUUUCGGCUGACGACGCUCGCACAUGAACGGCCCUUGUGACGUACAAGGGGGCGUCCAGUGCUGUUCUUACGCCUGCGUCUUUGAAUUCUCGCAUGCCUCGCGAUUGACGUGACAACGCUGUGAAAGUCGCACAAAAAGUACAUGUAUGUGAAGCUUGCUCAAGGCGUGCAACCUGUGGAGGUGGAGCCCCGGGCCGCAAACCAGCCAGUGAACGUGCAGACGGUGGAGAGUGACGACGGGGUCGCUGCGCCACAGUGGCGCCGCCGCGUAUCCUUGUC